ACCGUUUAACCGCGUCGUCGGAUCAGUCCAGGUUUAAAAACAGGAGAGGAGAGUGGGGCGGCGGAGACCUCAGUAUUCAGUCUAUUUUAUUGACCACGGAAUAGGGUUUGAGAGAGGACUGCGAUCUGAAGCGAUACUGCGUCUGAAGCCAUUAUGGUGAGGAGUUCUUCAUCCGAUUAUCUCGGGGACGAGAGGUUGUGGCCGCCGGGAUUCAGGUUCCACCCCACUGACGAAGAGCUUAUCCUCUACUACCUUAAGCGAAAGAUCUGCCGUCGUCGGCUCCGGCUGGACAUCAUCGGCGAGACCGAUAUUUACAAAUGGGACCCUGAGGACUUGCCUGGGCAGUCAAAACUGAAGACAGGAGAUAGGCUGUGGUUCUUUUUUAGCCCUAGAGAUAGAAAAUAUCCAAAUGGGGGACGGUCAAAUAGAGCCACCAUAUAUGGGUAUUGGAAAGCAACUGGAAAGGACCGAAGCAUCAUUUGUAAUUUUCGGAUAGUUGGCAUUAAAAAGACCUUGGUAUUCUAUAGAGGUCGUGCACCUAAUGGUAAGCGUACUGACUGGGUCAUGCAUGAAUACACCAUUGAUGAGGAGGAGCUUAAGAGAUGCCAAAAUGUUCAGGAUUAUUAUGCCCUUUACAAGGUUUAUAAGAAGAGUGGACCUGGACCUAAGAAUGGGGAGCAGUACGGGGCUCCGUUUAGAGAGGAGGAUUGGGCUGAUGAUGGAGGGACAUGUGUAAAUGAUCGUGCUCAGUCUGCUGGUGGUUGUGUUGUUGACUUGAGAGUGGACUGCCAAAUCCUCUCACCAUCAAAUGGUGUUGAGGAAAUUCUAAAUCGCAAUGUGGAUGACCCUGCACUUGGCCAAUUACAUACCAAUGGUUAUGCUGAUGCUCCUACACUUGGCCAAUUACAUAUUAAUGGUUAUGCGUAUGUGAAUCCCCAGGAUGCUGGUGAAGAAGAAACACUAAGUACUAUGUUGGAUCCUUCCUCUGAGGAAGCCAUGGCGUCUGAAUCAAUCUUAGCGUUUCAGCCAAGCUGUCAGCAUUAUGAUCUGCCAGCUGGCCUUGAUGUUACAAAGCCAUCAGCUGCAUCACAGCUACAGUUGUGUGGCACACCUGAUGUAACAUCUGCUUCCAACAUUUCUGAACCGGCACUAGUUCUAGCUGAGGAUGAUUUCCUUGAAAUUGACGAUUUCCUUUGUCCGCUACCUACACUUGCUAAUGUUGAGAAGCCUGUGGAGAAUCCUUUGUUUGAAGAGAUUGACGGGUUGUCUGAGAUUGACCUUUAUCAUGACACAUUCAAUUUUCUCCAUGACAUGGGUGUGGAAUGUGCUAGUGGUGGUUCAUCUUCCAAUCUUCCCACCAUCGUAGCAGAAGUAGUAGCUGAAGGAGCAGCUCCAAAUAAAGCUGAUGGGGAGGAGGAGGCUGAUGAUGGCUGGUGGACAUCUGCACUCUGGUCCUUUGUGGAGUCGAUACCGACUACUCCUGCAUCAGCCUCGGAAAAUGCCUUCAUGAAUAGGGCAUUUGAGCGUGUGUCAAGCUUCAGCAGGAUGAGGAUAAAUCCUGGAAACAACACUGAUAUUGUCGCUGCCACUGGUAACGGUACCACCACUGCAACUAGAAUGAAGGCUGGCUGUGGCAUGCGCAGGGGAGGAUUCUUUUACUUUUCGGUUCUCGGGGUUGCGUCUGCCAUUUUUUGGGUUUUGAUGAAAGGAACCGUAAUUAGUGUUUUGCAAAGAUACAUUGCAUUUUGAGUUUGUUUGCCAUGCAUUCCAAUUGAGCUGUAAAUCGAAGGCUCUGUUGUGCCUUCUACACUCAUAACCAUUUGCCUUAAUUGGUAUGUGCAUAUAUUUCCACAA